UAGUAUUGUUGGAUCUCUGCUUGUCAUCUACGUCAUGUACGGUCUCAAACAGCUCUCCCUUCUAAGCUUGAUGCUUCUCUCAGUAUCGGCAGUGAAGAACCCCAAAAGAACCAUUGUGGGCAUUGAGACAGCCGACAAGAGCCGUGGUAUUGAUGUGCCAUUGAAUGAUUGCCAUGAGAUCGAGGAAGAGGAAGUUCUUACUGUGUCUUUGAAAAAGCCAUGUCGUCUCUUCACCGGCCCUGACUGCACUGGGCACAACACAUUCUUGAGCCCUGGCGAACACUCUUCCAAGGACCCAAUUCCUGUCAUCGAGUCGAUCUUUUGUCAGUCAUCAUUUUGAGGGAAUACAAUGGUAAAGAUGCGGGU